AUGGCAUUGCUGGUCAUUUCGGGACAGCCCUGCAGUGGCAAAUCUACAGUGGCUGCUGAGCUCACGCAGAUGCUGGUGGGAAAGGGCCUGGAAGUGAUCAUCAUAGACGAGCCUGGCCUCAGCAUGACUCGCAACCAGAGUUACAGGGACACGGUCAGUGAGAAGAAUACGAGGGGUAAAUUGAAAUCCGCAGUGGAGAGAUCCAUAUCUAAGAGGCACUUCAUCAUCCUAGACUCCCUGAACAACAUCAAGGGCUACAGGUAUGAGCUGUGGUGUAUCGCCCGGGCGGCCGGCACGCGCUGCUGUGUGGUGCACUGCGCAGUGCCCAAGGAGCAGGCGUGGGCAUGGAAUGAGGAAAGGGCACAAGGCAAGGACGCCUACAGCGCAGAAGUGUUUGAGGACCUGUGGAGGCGCUAUGAGGAGCCGGACGCGCGGCAGCGGUGGGAUGCACCGCUCUUCAGGCUGGCACCUGAUCAGGGGAAAGACACCAUGCAGCCGGUCUUGCAGGGGGUGGUUGAAUCACUGACGGAGGAGGCCGGCCCGCGGCAGCGCUCGGUGGUGGCCAAGCAGCUGCAGCCGACGCAGGCGACGACUAAUGCGCCGCUGUCGGCGACUAACCUGUUGCAUGAGAUCGACGGCGGCGCGCAGGACGUCAUCGGCCGCAUCUGCGCCGCGCAGGAGUUGGCUGGCAGCAGUGCAGCAGGGAGGGUACAGAUGGGCGAAGAAGUGGAUGCUCUGCAGCUUAAUAGGCCUGUGACACUGGCAGAGCUUCGGCGGCACAAGAGGGUGUUUCUGAAGAUGUCCACGCAGAGCCUCGCCUCACGGUUGCCUGACAGGCAGUCUGCCCGGCGCAUGUUUGUGAACUACUUGCGGGAACAUUUGGACUAG